UGUAUCUCAGUACCCACCCAUGCCGCAUUAUGGCCCUCCAACAGCCCCAAAGCCCUCCACCUUUGUUCCUCAGCCUACUGGGGAGAGGAAACCAAUAGCAGCGAUCAAAACAGGAGUACUCGAGGAAGGUGCUGCUAGAAGAGGAAGUCGGAAGUCAAUGUUCACAUUCAAAGAGAAGACGGUGGUACCUCCGAACCCUGAGCUGCUCUCUUUGGUGCAGGGGGCGGAUGAAAGGAAGAAACACGGACUUAGAUCUGUGCCUGAGCCGGCACACGAGGAAGAAUUGCUGGCGCUUGGGGCAGAGGCCUCCAAUUUCCUCGCCAAGGAAGAAGACAGGGCCGAGGAGGCAGCAGCUCCCGAGUGGGCUUCCUGCCUCAAGACUUCCAGGACACGCCCGAGGGCAGAGCACAAGCCAGAGCAGACCCUCACCAAUGUGUCAGGAAAGGGGGCUGAGCUGUUUGCCAGGCGUCAGUCUAGGAUGGACAAAUUCGUUGUUGAGAAGCAAAAUGCAGGACAAAUGAGGUCUCCUUCACCCACGAUGUCCCUGCCACCGUCUUGGGUGUACCCAUCUAACAUGCCUGGCAGGGUCAAGGCCAUUGCUAAAAACUCUGACAUGAGUGCUCAACUUUCACAAAACCUAAAGGCACAACAAGCCGUCAAGCCAAAACCAAAGCAAAAAGCUCCAGCUCCAGAGCCAGUUCCAGAGCCGCCUCCUUUGGAAAAUGGUUGCUCCAAGAUAGAGAUGGACCUGUCGAGGCACCGGCCCUACCAGCUCUCCUCUUCACUCUUCAUCCUUAACCCUGUCAAGGACCCCAUUAGUACCCUACCAAGAGGAGCACCACAGUCCAAGAACCUGAUAUCUACCCAGCCUUUGUCUAGACAGACUUCCUUACCUAACCCUCCGUCUCACUUCAGUACCCAGUGUAUGUCUCCACAGCUGCCUCUCAGCCCCCCAAGAAGAGGAGCAGAAUAUCCACCAAAUCCAGCCUAUGGGCAGCCAAGGAUCAGCUCACCUAUGUCGGCUUUUUCUCCAGAGCGAGUGUCCUCUCCCCGGUCAGGGGUCCAGGCACCGAGGCCCACGUUCUCUGCCAAGAAAGCAGGGAUUGCACCGCAGACACUAAAGGAUUCCUCCCCUGCUGAAACCCCCAGUGAGACUCCCACGCCAACCAGGACACCCAGCCUAACUCGACGGUUCAGCAGCCCAGAGGGCCCCGCCACUGGGACAUGGACUCCCAGCCACCAAACUAAUCGACCCUCCACCAGCAUCCUAGCUCAUCGCUCAGUCACUUCCCCUGUAUCCUCUCCGAUGGGUACGAGAUGCCAAUCCCCUAUGGCCGGUCAGAAUAUCCAAUUUUCAACGGUUACCUCCACCACUACUCCCAGACCCUCUCAUACACCUACAGUUACCUCUCCAUGCUCUCCACCUUGGGGUUCAAGAUGUCAGUCCCCAAUGGUGAGCCAGAAUACCCAGUCCUCCAACACUCCCUCUGUUCCUGGCUUCAGACCAUCCCAAAUGUCUACGACUACUUCCCCUCUUUCUCCUCCUUGGGGAUCCAGGUGCCAGUCCCCAAUGGUCAACCAGCAGUCUUCCUCUGUCACCUCCAUAUCCACGUCCAAACCCUUCCAGACAUCUACAGCCACAUCCCCACGCUCUCCUCCAUGGGGAUCAAGAUGCCAGUCCCCUAUGGUGAGCCAGAAUACCCAGUCUUCCAGCAUUUCCUUUGUUCCCACUUCCAGACGAACCCAAACAGCCACGUCUCCUGUCUCUCCUCCUUGGGGCUCACGCUCCCAGUCUCCUGCACUCUCUCAGACCAGUUUAUCCUUCUCUGCCACUAAACCUCUGUACACAUCGUCUGCCACCUCUCCUGUUCCCCCACCCAAAGACAGUCGCUGCAUGUCCCCCAUUAUUAACAACCCAGACUCUAAAGCCAACCAUCGCCUCCUGGCCAAGAACAUCAUUAAUGCAGCCAAACGUAAAAACAGUCCCUCCCCUGGAGCACUGAGCGGUCACAGCCUCCCCAUCUCACCUCUGGGAAAUUCCCACCAUGGCUAUGACUGUCACAAACCACCCAUGAGCCCUUUCCAGUCCAGGGCGUAUGGUGCCCAGUCCCCCACGUUCACCAGCCCUCCUCAAACACCAACACAGAGGAUCUGCUCCCCUGUGAGGCUGUACAACACUCGCUCCCUCACAGACUCUGAUGCCUCUGUGGAGUCUGAAGACUCAGGCCUCCGAUCGCCCGGCCUGCACUCCUACAACACCUGUCCCCGCGGCUGGGGCGGUAGCCUGAGGGUGAAGAGAAGCACCGUCUCCACUGACCUGUGAGGGUGUUAUCGGAAGGCAGCCAAAGCAUGACUUCACUUUUAAAAGACUUUUGGGGCAUUGGAUCAACCAGUAAAAGAGUUUCUGACGGCAUUUCAUCUUCCAAUAGAAGAUACCUUUCUGUAACUUUGAAUACCGAUCCUGGACAAUGGUGAAUGUUAUAUCAAAGUAGUAUUUUAUAUGACUCACAUUCUUAUUAUGGACUGACAAGAACAAGCUUUUAACAUAACGCAGUUGCUGUGGCUUGUACGCUUCUUACAUACCAAAAAGACUGAAAAUGCAGUAACCAAAGAUAUUUGAAUUCACUUGAAAUAAUGUUUUACUUUCUUCACAGCAUACAUUCACAGCCUGUUCCAGCUAAAUAGUGUCUAAGUAAAUUGCUUUUUAAUGUUAUUAAGGAAUUAUCAUUAUGUUUGCUGGUCUGAUGCAAGUCAAAAUGGGAAGAGACUUUUUUAAAAAGACAAUUAAAAGGCAUAGAAGGGACACAUGGAAUGAGUAAUGUGUAAAUAUAUAGAUUAUUGGACUGACGGUUCUUACAAUAUGGCAUUCUCAUUGUAUUAGCAAAGGAUCAAAUUUAAUUACAGUGAAUACUGAUUUAGAUAAUACUGCUUAAAAUGAGUUUCUGUCAUUUUUCCACAAAUACACAGUAGUAGAUGGGACACGUGCUAUUCAUAUUAUCAUACAUGGUCACAAUAUUCACCAGUUUAUUAUACGUUUUAAUCAAUGGGGAAAUCAAUCAUAAUUAUCGCAGUGCAAUAAUCAGUUUAACAGUGUAUGUUAUGUAUGUUAUAUGUCGCUUUAUGUACUGCAUUUGCUAAAAUGAAUGUAAGCUUUACAGACAGAUUGACAGAGAAUGACAUGGAGAUAAAGAGAUGAAGAGUCAUGUGGAAGUUCGAGGUUUGGGUAUUGAUGCACCUGUUCAAUCAAACACUGUUUCCAUAAUUCACAUUACAGUUUGAUGUUUGACUGCCUAAGUUCUGUUGCUUUAGCCGACCAUCUGUAAUGUUUUUCAUGAGGAAACAGAUUAACAUAUUUCGUGCCUGUACUUUUUGUACAAAGUGCCUGUUUGGAUGUGGUUUAGGAGCAAAUGUGAGAGAAGGUACAACAAAAUGUUGUCAAAAAGGGUUAGAAGAAUGUUGUAUGUUGUGAAAUACUAAUCUAAGUGUUUGUGAGAAAAGGACAAGAGGAAUGGAUCGUAUUUUAAAUACAUACAUAACUCUAAUGUACAUUCUGUUUAACUUCUGAAGUUACUUUUUAUACUUGAUUUGCACUUCUGUUCAUUCCAGUUCAAUGGCUUAGUUGGCAUUGUUCAAAACUUAAGUUGCUGUUAUUCAUAAAUAAAUAAGCCAGCAAAAAUAUACACGACUGUAAAAAUCGGAACAUUCCUGCACAGUUCAACACGUUGACGUGAUGGUAGCAGUUAGCUGUAAACCCGACUGCUGCCUUCAAACCACAACCAGCUUUCCAUUUCAGCCAUUUCACACCAUUCCCAUCUUGCUCAGUCCUGCACCAGCACACACAAGAGAUCAGUCCUUCACUCUGUGACAUGCAGGCCAAAAGCAUCAGCACAUUUCUGAAUAUUUACUUCUGUGUGUCUUCUGAGUGACAGGGACACCUGCGGCAUGGUGACCUGGCUCCAUCAGCAGGAUUAAGCAUAUUACUGUCAUGGAUUGGUUUCAACCUGGGUCACCUCUGGACAAACCAAACACUGCUGACAU